AAUGGGCUGACAAAAAUUUUUGGUUUCUACUGUAAACAACGUUUGAAAUCAGAAAAAUAAAACGAUAUUUUUGCACAGACACGCAUUAAAGUGAAAUCAUUAUCUACUUAUUUUUCUGACUGAAUGGACAUGGUAAUGUUUUCCGUAGAUUUUUAAAAAAAGUUGAGAUGAGUAUGCCUCCUUCAGGCGUUGAAGGUUGUAUGGAUGAACAGUCUGUUAUAGAGGCAGAAAUCCAGCUUGAGUUAGAAAACAUCAAUCUAGAUGAUGAAGUAGAGCUAGCUGAUGAUUUCAAUGAUGAGAAUGAACUGCCAGCAGAUUUUGAGGAAAACAAUUUGGAUGUGGACAAUGAACUGGAUUGUUACAUAAAGAGACUCCAGGAUCAGAGUAAUAGAUUUGAACAGGAGUUGUUGGAAUGUGAUGAGUUACUGGCACACACUUCACAGAAAAAUGACACAUUGGGCUCAGCUUUGAUACCUUAUGAGGAUCAUAAUCUGUUGCUACAACUUGCCAAGGAACAAGGAUGUGAUGUGGAGCAGUAUAAGAGACAGAUUUUAGAAGAUAUAGAAAAUGACGAGGUAAUAAUCGAUGAUGAAUUGGCAGACUUGAUUGGGGAUACAGAUAAAGAUGGAGAACAAUGUUCCAUCACUGAGACCACAGAGAAUGGGGGUGCUAAUGCAGAGUUACCUGUUAAGAUUGCGAAGGCAGUUGAAGAGGGAAUAGACUAUGAAGAGGUGCCGGUUUCACAAGAACUUGUGGUGGUCAAUAGUGAAAAGAACACGAACACGCAGCUGGACAUACAGAAAUUGUUGAGGGAACAACUGGAUACACUUGAACAUAGGUAUCAGGAGAAAAUUGAUCGAAUUAAAAAGGACGAGGCUCAUAAAAGGAAUGAAGAAGAAGUGAGAGAGAGAAGAACAAAUGAAGAAAGACAGUGGAAGUUACAGGAGAUACAGCGGCAGGGGCAACAACUCCUUGUGGAACAAGAGAUUGCUGAGAACCAGAUUAAGCAAGAACAAGAAAUGGCUGAGAAGGAAAUGCAGGAAAAUAUGAGAAAAUUUCAGGAGGAGAUGAGUCAGCUACAGAAUGAAAUGGAUAGACAGAAGAAAGAACAUGGCAUGGCAGUAGAAAUGGAGAGAAAGAGACUUGAAGAAAAACGAGAAAAGGCUGUUCUUAUUAUUCAAAGAACUUACAGGGGAUUUAAGGUUAGGAAAGAAGCCCAGCCAUUGUUGACCGAGAGGAGGGAAAUAAGAAAGAAAGAGAAAGAAGAACAAAGAAUAAAAGAGGUAGAAAUUGAGAUUGAGAGAAGAAAAGAAGAACAGCUUGAAAAGGAGGAGCAAGAAAGAAAGAGACAAGAGGAGGAAAAGCGACAGAAAGAAGAACUUAAAAGACAAAAAGAAGAAGAGAAAAAAAGACUGGAAGAAGAAAAAAGGAGAAAGAAAGAAGAAGAAGACAGAAUAAAGCAAGAAGAGAAGAAAAGAAAGGAAGAAGAAAAGCAAAGGAAAAAAGAGGAAGAGAAAAGAAGAAAGGAAGAAGAGAAAAGAAAAAAAGAGGAAGAAGAGCAAAGAAAGAAAGAAGAAAAAAGGCAGAAAGAAGAAGAAGAAAAGAAAAGAAAGGAGGAAGAAAAACGACUGAAAGAAGAAGAGAAAAUACGAAAAGUAGAAGAAAAAAGAAUAAAGGAAGAAGAAAAGAAGAAGGAAAAAGAAAGACAGUUGGAAGAAGAGAGGAGAAAGAAAGAAGAGGAAAUUAAACUAAAGGAAGAGAUGGCUCACAAAACAACUGAUGAAAAUAGUGAAAAGACACUGAAAGAAAAUGAAAAGGUCAAUUCUAAACUUUUUAUAGGAAAAGAUCAAAUGCCAAUGAAUGUUUUUGAACAGUCUAACAAUUUAUCAGAAAAUAAUGUUGAAAACAUUGAGCCAGAAGCUACCGUUGAAAAAGCAAGAAAUUUAGUAGAAAAUGGUGACACAGAUAGUGGUUCAGAAGUUAAAGCUGUUGAAAUUGAUAAAACCCUGACAGAAGGUACAAAUGUUAAAGGCAAACCUGAGGUGGACAGUGGUAAAAGUAUUGAAAAAACUAUGGAUAAAGGUGCUGAAAAUAACAAUGUUAUUAAAAGACCGAAAACUCCAAGAAGCGCUCGAACUCCAAGAACGCCAAGACCUCCCACGGCAAGAAAAGACAAGAAAGAAUCCAAGAGCAAAGAAGAGAUGGUAGAGCAGAGAGACAUUAAGGCAGAUAUUUUACCUGAUCACCUCGAAAGUUUACGUCUUAAAUUCAUCAAGGAAUGUAUUCCAUGGAGUAAAGUAAGCAAUGAACCAUGGAAAUUAAAAGCUGGAGUAUCCAGAAAACCUCUUAGAAGACCAUCUUCAGCCAAAAAAAUGCCGCUCCUUUCUGAAGAUAUAAUAAUUCAGGCAGCUAAAGUAGCCUCCCUAAAAAUGGUAACUACAGUGGAGCUUAAAGACUUACCAGGGAACAACAUGUCAACCUUAGGUCAAUGUGGGGGAUUAAAAUAUCUCACACUUAACAACUGUAACUUGGUUGCCAUCGAUGGUUUAACUCAAUGUAGACAAUUACAGUAUGUCAAUGUUCAGAAUAACAAGAUUGAGUAUGUAGAUUUAAAAGAUGCAGGACAGCUUCAAUAUCUGAAUAUAUCUCACAAUAAGUUAUCAUCUAUACAUGGUCUAGAUAAUUGUACAAAUCUACGCUGGUUAGACCUCAGUCACAACAAUAUUACAAGACUUGGUGGCAUGGAUACAAUGAGAAGACUCCAUACAUUGAAAAUAUCACACAAUCAGCUGAUCAGCACCCAGGGGCUGGGUGCCACGCCCACAUUACAAUUGAUUGACAUCUCCCACAAUCAUCUCCAGGCAAUUGAAGACCUUGAUAAGCUCUGCCUACUUUUUUCAUUGGACGCAUCUUCUAAUAAUCUUUUGCAGAUUCCGUCAUUACAUAACCAGGUGCUAUUAAUAGAACUGUUACUAUCAGAUAACAGCAUAUCCUCCCUCAGUGUUCUAGCUGCCGUGUGGCUCCCUCUACUGGCAACCAUACAACUUCAACAAAAUAGCUUAUCAGAACUUCCGUCCCUACAGAACUGCUUACUUCUAAAGGAAUUAAAUCUUGCUGAAAAUCAAAUAACAGAUCCAGUGACUGUUCAAAAUUGUGUUGAAGCAUGUUUUUAUAUGGAACAGCUCCAUCUGGUGGACAAUCCAGUUGUCACUGAUGUAAAUGAUAGCUUCUUUUCUCAACUGAAAUAUUCUUGCCCAAGGAUAAGUUGUAGUCUAGACUUGAGUCCAGACACUGUUGCUAGGCAAACCCCUGUGAAACCGAGGACAAGUUACGAAGCCAUGUGUCUUACCCAACUGCGAACAUUGAAAGACAUUAUUUGUCAUUUUGAACAAAGUCUAAAAUUGAAGGAAAAUAGUCCAACACAUCAGUCUCAGUUCUGUGAUGCACAUUACAAAUUCUGUGAUCGGACAUUCAACAUCGCGGUAGAAUACAGAUAUGCCCACGAGUAUGGUGAAGUAACAGUUCCCAUGCCAACAGCUCCUACUGCACCAAAAUCGGGUCGUCCGGUAUCAUCACGACAACGUGAGAAAUUUAUGAACCCAAAGGAAAUGUUUGAAAAUGCAUUAAAGUCAUCAAACUCAGAUUCUAUAUCAAUGAAUAUAGCUAAUGAUGUAGAAAAGGAAAAAAUACACGGAAAUCCAAAAGACUUAUUUGAAAGUGCUCUUAAAAUGAAAGACACUGAAAAAGAGACUUUUGAUUCAGAUAUGAAAUUUAAGGAUAAAAAUGAGAAAAGUGAUGUCAGUUUUGUUCACCCAAGUUUUACAGCAAAUCCCAGAGAUUUGUUUGAACAAGCUUUAAAAUCAGCAGACAAAACAGGUAACAACUCUAACACAACCAACAUGAAUGGGACGGAUGAUUUAUACAAUGGUCAUAUCCAUGCAAACAGAGGUCAUCAAGUACAGAAUGAGAAUCUCAGACAAAAGAAUUUAGAGGAGGCUGCUUCAACUAUACAGUCUACUUGGAGAGGCUACAGAUGUAGGGAACAGUUGAUGGAACAGUUUCAGGACCAUGUUAUUACAGGCUUUGAUCCAGUCAUGCUAGAACAGUUAAACAAAUGUGCUGUGAAAAUUCAAGCAUCAUGGAGAGGCUACAUUCUACGUAAGAAACUUCUAGCGGCCCUAGAAUAUGCACAAUGUGAUUUUGAUGAUGAUGAAAAUGAUGAUGAUGCCAUGGACUUUGGAGACGAGUUUGACCUGGAUAAAUUUGUGGAUAUUGAUGAGGGUCUAUUAGAUACAGAUUGGAAGCCUCCUGCUACACCUGAUAUACCAGCUAGCUAUGCCGUGUUGAAAAAGCCUCCAUCAGGAAAGCUGAGAGUGCCCCCACUCAACGCAGCUGACCUAAGACCACCUAGUAACCCAAGACGAGCGUGGCGGAAUGCAGACUCACCUAUGUCUGAUCUGGCAAAGAUUCCUCGUCCACCUUCCAGUGUAGCCUCCACAGAGCUAACGUUUAGAUCUACUGUUUCAAGGAAAGAGGAGAAAAUGGCAGAGGAAUGGGGAUUUAAGGAUUCUGGAACCGCCCAUCUUAUGAUGCAGAGAGCUAAGAAGAUGAAGUUGAAUGCUGAAAGAAGAAAUAAAAUCAAGAAACUUGAUCCUAAACAAAGGUUAGCUCUGUUCAGAAAGCUUGAGGAAGUCACACACCCACAUACUCACACUGUACCUCAGAGAAAAACCUUGCCAAGAAAAGAAUAUUUCCAAGCUCGUCAGGAUGAGAUAGUUAGACAGGAGAGGGAGAAGCAACAAGAAAACAGUCUGAAGGUAUCAAGAACAUUUGAAUGGCUGCAUUCACAAGUGGGAGAUCUUCCUAUAUCUGAUUCUGUUAUCAAUCAAGGAUUGUCUGAAGGUCCAAAAUAUGUACCAUUGUCAGAGAAAAAUCUGCCAGAGCUGAUUAAUGGAGGGAAAAGGGUUCAGCUUAUUAGUAGCCCGAUGUCGAUGGAACUACAGUCUGUGGAAAGUGCUAGUAUGACGGGUCAAAAGCAACGGAGAUUUUCUGCCGGAUCUGGUUCGGGAACCAGCAAGCUGCCUCCAAUCCAGUCAUCAACGGCACCAGCCUCAGCUCCUCAUCUGAAAGAGAGAAUGUCCUUCAGAAACCCUAAAGUUAACCAAUCUGUAGGAUGGGGUGGUGGGAAGAAACGAGGAAAUCUUUACUAGUCAGAAGUUAAAACCCAUAAUUUUCAUUACAUAGCAUUUACUAGUCAAAUGUACAUUUAUCUUGCUAUUUGGACACAAUCUGAUAUUCAAGUUUAAUGUAUCUUUUAGAUAUGUUCAAUGGUAAAGAAUAUGUAUUUUGAAAGCUGUAUAUGAAAAAAAACAAUUCAUAUCACUCACUGAAUUCUCAGAACAUAUAGCUUUCCAUCAGUCAGAUUCUAUAUAUAAGAAAUAGGUGUAGGAGUGUUAUAAAGCACUGAUGAAAUAUAAAUAAAUAAUCAUGUCUUUUUGUUUUGAUAAAUGAUGUAUUUAAACAAAACAAUGUUUCUUAUUAGGCAACGGGUUAAGGCACUGACUGAAACACUGACGUUAAUGGUGUAAUCAAAACCCGCUAAAUUAAGUUUGGUUUUUCUAUUAAAGAAACUUAUCCAGAAGGUUAUGAAAGGCCAGUGUUGUGUAUUUUUUAUUCUUGAAUGUCAGUGUAAGUAAUGAAUGUAUCACCUGCCACUAUUUAAGCUAGAAAAUGAUGACCUCUUCAAUGUCAGUGUGACUGGAAUUUCAACUAAAUGGAAAUCAUGAAAAACAAAGGGACAUUGUCUAUUGAGAUAAUGUUGAUGUAACAGUAAGACUUGGAUAAAUUGUUUCUAAAAUACUUUAAAUAAAGCAUAAUAAUUUGAAACACUCAGCCGUAUAUAUGAAUAUAUUCUGCAUCUAUUUUGUUCUGAUGUAUUGUAUUGUGUAGUCAAAAUCAUUAUGAAAUAAUGUUGUAUAAUUUGCAUUUGAUGUAAAGUACAUGUUAAUUGAGAAUUGUUUAUCUAUCAUACAAUUGCACAUUGUUAUUUGCAUUUUAGUUUUCACAGUAAUUUUUGCAUGAUUAUUUUAUUGCAGUAAAUUAUUAUCAUUGGAUAUAUUUGGGUUGACGUUAUGCGAAGAGUGCAUAAAUAGAAAUGUUUUUGUUUUUACACGUUUUGUACUCCUACAUUUUUGGAUGAAAUCAAUAUAAAUAAGUUUAUGAAAAAUAAUUUCAUCAAUGAUAUACAUGUACAAAAACUUGAAGCUCAGUUUCCAAACUCAUUUCAUAAACUGUUGGAUACAUCAAUGAAAAUUAAAAGGUGGGGAAUAAUUUGUUGCUACAUAUGUAUUUAAACUGAUUUAAUUGUUAGAUAUUUAUAAGCUCUAUAUACAUGUAAUGUUAUUGUUUUAUUCAAAAUUACAUGACAUACAUGUUUAAAUGUUACAGUUAACUGCUGAAAAGGGCAUUAUAUUUUUGUCUGUAAUUUUAAAUGGCCUGAAUGUUAUAUUCGACAUAGUUAUUUGUUUUUUUUCUGUUUUGCUGUGACAUCUUUGCAUUAUUGUCUACCAAUUGUAUUUCAAAUUUCGCUGAAAUGAUAGCCCUUUAUGUCAAAAUAGCUCAGUUCAUGGGGUCAUGGGUUUCCCUUAUAUUUAUAUAGGUAGUAAAAACGUAUUUUUUUUAAAACCACAAUAGCUAAAGCUUAUAUAUAUGGUAUAAAAUAUAUUGUCUAUUAGAUUUCUUCUAAAGUUGUUCAAAUUAAAGCUGUAGUCAAAAUUAGCAUAGCCCCUAUGGGUCAUGAUUUUUCUGUUUUAAUUAGAUUUAUGAUAAAAACUUAAAAUGUCUUCUCCACAGAACCCUCAGAGACUUCAUUCAAGAUAGUUGGCAUGAAACAUUUUUGAAUGUCCGUCAUGCAAGGAAUCUUCUGGUCCAAUCCUUAUAAUAUACCUUACAUGACUUAGUCUGUGUUUCUUAUUAUUGUGAAGGUAUGAUAAAAAUAUAUAAGAUCCCUGAAUAGUGAUUAUGUGUUAACCUGUAAUAGGUAUUGUCUACCAAUGUUUUUAUAAUGCAAAGUUAGUGUUCAAACCAGCAAAUUCUAAAAACGUUAUCUUCUUUGGUAUUUCUUAUUAUAAUAAUGUAUAGUUUUAUGUAAAGAAAAGAAGUGUAUUGGUAUUUGAAUUUGCUAUACUUGUAUCAUUUAAACAUGUAUUUUGCUCAGAUAUUUAUUUUGCUUGUGUUAUUUGUAUUUAUGAAAAAUUUUGAAAAUGUACUGCCAUAAAAUGGUUAAAAUGUGUGCUUUGUAGAUUAUGUUUCAGUAAUUAUUUAUUAGUAAAUGUGUGUUUUAUUGGCAUUACAAAGAGUAUCUGAAAUUUGAGUUUGUUUCUCUAAAUCCUAUAACGUGUAUCCGACAUGCAUUACUGGUACUGGUACUGCACUACAAACUGCACUCAUCUUGCUAGAACUGGUUCUGAUAAUAAUACCACGCAUACAAGUCGGUUCUACUGCUGGUACUGGAACUGCAUUAUUGUACCAAACCUGCGCCUUGAUAUGCAGUACCGAUGCAGUCCUUUGAUUUUCAUAAAAUAUUGAAAGAGGUAUCAUUAUUCAAUUCUUAUUUCUUAUAGGAUUUUAUUAAUUUA